AUGAGAAAAUCAAGUGUUGGAAAAUCCAAACCUGGGGGAAGUAAGACAAAGAAACAUGCAACAGCUGAGAAACACACUGAUGUUUCCCUCCUGGUGAUGGACUUUGAUCACACCAUAGUGGACGACAAUACAGACACAUACGUUUGGAGGCUAGGCGAGGAUGGCAAGGUGCCCGAAUCCAUCACUGGCGCACGAGAUAAGCUUUGGACUCACCUGAUGCAGGAUGUUUUUGAUUAUCUCUUUGAACUCGGUCGCACGCCCGUUGACAUCCUCAAUUGUGUGGCUUCCAUGAAGCUGGCUCCCGGCAUGGACACAAUGCUUUUCAGCGUACCAGAAAACAUAGACAUCAUCAUUAUCUCCGACUCAAACUCUGUGUUUAUCCAACACAUCCUAGAGACGCAUGGUCUGUACGACCGUAUCAUGAACAUCUUCACCAAUCCGGCCAACUUUGACCAGGACGGUCGGCUGGUGGUGACGCCAUUCACCGACCAGGAAACGUGCGGCAUCUGCGAGCGAAACCUCUGUAAAGGUGACGCGCUCAAGCUGCACCUGGAUCGUAUGACUGGUGCCAGGAGAAAGUACGACCGUGUCCUGUAUGUCGGCGACGGCAAGAACGACGUCUGUCCGUGCCUGAAACUGGGCAAAAAUGACGUUAUUUUCGCCCGAGCUGGGUACAGGCUCGAGGAGGAGCUGAAGAAAAUGCAAGACAACAACAAGAAAAUCGACGCAGAAGUUGUGAUAUGGCACGAUGCUAACGUCAUUUUCGAGCAUAUAUGACGUGUCUCUCACUGUUAUUUUUGCUGUUUUUACUUGCCUGUUGAUUCUAUAGUCAGUGAUCACCGAGCUAUUGAAAUCAACUGUGAUAUUUUACGCGCCAAGCUCCACCGUUCACUGCCACUACCAGGCUGUGCCCACUGCCCAUGCACCCACGCCCUUGAUGUGCCGAUAUUUUGCAAUCAUAUACAGUUACCUGUGUUAUAUUAUGGAGAAUAAAUGACAGUACUCAAA